AUGGCCUUCCAUCUGAGGCAUCCUGACAAAAACAAAGAUCCUGGAGCAGAAGACAAGUUCAUCCAAAUUAGCAAGGCUUAUGAGAUCCUUUCCAACGAAGAAAAGAGAUCGAAUUACGAUCACUACGGAGAUGCCGGAGAGAACCAGGGCUACCAGAAGCAGCAGCGACGAGAGUAUCGCUUCCGCCAUUUCCACGAGAAUUUUUACUUCGAUGAGUCUUUUUUUCACUUCCCUUUUAAUUCGGAGCGGCGGGACCCCAUUGACGAAAAGUAUUUAUUGCACUUUUCACAUUAUGUGAACGAAGUGGUUCCAGAUAGCUUCAAGAAACCCUACCUCAUUAAGAUCACUUCAGAUUGGUGCUUCAGCUGCAUCCACAUCGAGCCCGUUUGGAAAGAAGUGGUUCAAGAACUGGAAGGACUGGGUGUAGGAAUCGGCGUGGUCCACGCUGGGUACGAGAGACGCCUGGCCCAUCACCUGGGAGCACACAGCACACCCUCCAUCCUAGGAAUCAUAAAUGGGAAGAUCUCCUUCUUCCAUAAUGCAGUCGUCCGUGAGAACCUACGACAGUUUGUAGAAAGUCUUCUUCCAGGGAACUUGGUGGAGAAAGUAACAAAUAAAAAUUAUGUCCGAUUCCUCUCUGGCUGGCAGCAAGACAAUAAACCUCACGUCCUUCUGUUUGACCAAAUGCCCGUCGUACCACUGCUGUACAAGUUGACCGCUUUUGCAUACAAGGAUUACUUGUCAUUUGGAUACGUACAUGUCGGCUUGAGAGGGGCAGAAGAGAUAACAAGGCAAUACAACGUCAAUAUCUACACCCCCACCAUCUUGGUCUUUAAAGAACACAUCAACAAGCCUGCAGAUGUUAUCCAGGCCCGAGGUAUGAAGAAGCAGGUCGUUGACGACUUCAUCACCCAAAACAAGUAUCUACUAGCAGCCAGGCUCACCAGCCAGAAGUUGUUCCAUGAGCUGUGCCCCGUGAAACGGUCUCACCGACAGAGGAAGUACUGUGUGGUUUUACUGACUCCCGAGGCUACCAAGCUGGGGAAACCCUUUGAGGCUUUCCUGUCCUUUGCCCUGGCAAACACACAGGACACAGUGAGAUUCGUGCACAUGUACAGUAACCGGCAGCAGGAGUUUGCCACCACCUUAGUACCGGACAGCGAUACGUUUCCAGGAAGAUCCGCGGUGUCUAUCUUGGAAAGGCGCACCACGGGAGGAAGGGUAGUGUAUAAAACCCUCGAAGCUCCCUGGACAGGGAGCGAGAGCGAUAAGUUCACCCUCCUGGGCCAUCUCGACCAGCUGCGCAGAGACCCCGCUCUCCUGUCCUCGGAGGCAGUGCUCCCCGACCUGACCGAUGAACUUGCCCCUAUCUUCCUCCUCCGGUGGCUCUACUCCGCUUCCGACUACAUCUCGGACUGCUGGGACAGCAUAUUUCACAACAACUGGCGGGAAAUGAUGCCCCUUCUGUCCCUGGUCUUCUCUGCUCUCUUCAUCCUCUUUGGCACAGUCAUCGUUCAGGCUUUCAGUGACUCGAACGAUGAGCGAGAGUCAAACCCUCCAGAUAAAGAGGAAGUCCACGAGAAGGCCGGGAAGACUGAGCCAAGCUUCACCAAAGAAAACAGCAGCAAGAUCCCUAAAAAGGGCUUCGUGGAGGUAACGGAACUCACAGACGUGACAUACACCAGUAACCUGGUCCGCCUGAGGCCGGGCCACAUGAACGUGGUCCUCAUCCUGUCAGACCCCACCAAGACCAGCCUACUGCAGAAGUUCGCGUUGGAGGUCUACACAUUCACUGGGAGCAGCUGCCUGCACUUCUCCUUCCUGAGUCUGGACAAACACAGAGAAUGGCUGGAGUACUUGCUGGAGUUUGCUCAAGAUGCCGCCCCGAUCCCAAACCAGUAUGACAAGCAUUUCAUGGAACGGGACUACACGGGUUACGUGCUGGCCCUGAACGGCCACAAGAAAUACUUCUGCCUCUUCAAGCCCCAGAAAGCAGUGGAAGAGGAGGAAGCCAUGGGGUCUUGCGGUGCCCUUGACUCUUCCCUCCAUCUGGGCGAAUCGCGGGGGAAACCUUCCUGUGGCCUUGGACCCAGGCCCGUCAAAGGAAAAUUGAGCAAGUUGUCCUUAUGGAUGGAGCGGCUGCUGGAAGGCUCCUUACAGAGGUUUUAUAUCCCGUCGUGGCCCGAACUAGACUGA